GCAGCAGCACCGCUUGUGUGCUCGUGCUGAAUCGAGAGAAUAGCACCGUCUAUACCGCUAAUAUCGGCGAUAGCGGUUUUAUGGUUGUUCGAAAGGGUGAAAUCAUCCACAAGUCCGAAGAACAGCAACAUUACUUCAAUACACCAUUUCAGUUAUCGCUACCGCCCCCGGGACAUGGCCAUAAUGUGCUAAGCGACAGUCCGGAUUCGGCGGAUACUCUUAGCUUUUCCGUGAAAGAAGGCGACGUUAUAUUGGUGGCCACAGAUGGCGUCUUUGAUAAUGUCCCCGAGCGUUUGUUGCUUGAUGUACUCAAAGAGGCGGCAAACCUGACGACAUAA